AUGUCAAAUUUUUUGUUUAAUCAUAAGACGGGUAAGGAAGAAAAAAUCAUUUGCAUAACUAAACCAAUUAGAAAGGAAAAAAGAAGAAACUAAUAUACGAUAGAGUUCAAAUUCGGCAGUGAUAUUGAUGUUUCCAAACUCAAGUAAGUUAUUCAAAUUAACCAAUAAAUCCCUGCUUACAUCCCGUUAAGUUUAACUUUCAGACUUGAAUCUGAUAUUUUCAUUCCAAUUUAAUUUGAUCCCAAUCUCUAAUUGGGAGCCCUAUCUAUAGAUCCAAUUUCAUUUAAUUAUAGAAUUGUAAGGUAUGAUAAACAUCACAAUAACUACAUAUUUCAUUUUGAGCCCAUAGAUAGACCCUUCACUCCUCACUAAGUUGUGAAAACCACUUUAGAAAAAUAUCAUCCGUCUUUGGGAGAGUUAUUUGAGGCUUAUCAUUUCAAUUUAUUAAAAAAAGAAAAAAUCACUGUUUCUACUGAGGAAGAAAUUAAGGAAUAUGAAAACAGUAUUAGACACUCUUUCGCUGUUUAUAUUUAAAAGAAAUAAAAAGGCAUAAUAACCACUCUGAUGAAGUCAAUUAAUACCUAAUACUUGUAAUUAAUGGGAAUCAAUGAUCAAAUAUUUUAGGACUAUAUUAAUUAGACCGGACUUUUACCAUGGUGUUUAUCAACUGAUAAUAACUAAUUCUAAAAUCUAAUCACGGGAAUGUUCCAAGGGGCCCAUCAGCAAAUUAAUUAUACAAUACAAGCAUUAAACUAUAAUGGAUAAUAAUUUGAAGUAAAAAUAACUCCUAAGGUAUUUCACAUAUACAACUAAGAGGACGAUUCAUAUUUAUAAUUUAUGUUCUUUGAAUAAGAGUAUAAUUCCUAAAUUAUGACCUAAAACUAAAUAGAUUAAAAUAUGAUUGAAUAUUUUAAUUAAAGGUCAAAAAUUGUUAAAAUGGAUUUUAUUGAAAAUGAUUAUACUAAAAGAUGCAAAUAUAGAAAACUUUGA